UAUAUAUUGUUCUAUCAAUGAACAAAUUGGAUCUGAGCCCAUCUUGUUCAAUGGAGAAAAAAGAUUCAGAACCAAAGUGGGAAGCUAAAGUGUCAACAAGAUUAGAAAAGGCAAGUGCAGACCAAAUAUUUUGUCUUUUCAAAGAUUUUUUUGGCCUACACAAAUGGUUUCCUAGCUUAUCAACAAGUUAUGGCAUCCACGGUGAAAAUGGUGAGGUAGGUUGCAUACGAUACUGUACCGGAUUCUCUCUCCGGCCUCCUGAGAGUGACCGUACAUCCACCGGAGAAGCUCCGGUGAGCGUCUGGUCCAAGGAGAGGUUGAUGGGUAUUAAUCCAAUUGAGAGGAUAUUAAGCUAUGAGAUAGUUGAUAGUAAUAUUGGGUUCAACUCAUACUUUUCAACGGUGAGGAUUGUCCCAGAUGAAGUCGAUGGUCUAAAUGGAUGUGUGAUCGAGUGGUGUAUCACCGUCGAUCCAGUGGAAGGGAUGAGAUUGGAGGAUUUGAUCAACAAGUAUGAUGCUGGCCUGCAGGGAAUGGCUAAGAACAUGGAAGAUGCUCUACCACCUUCAUAAGUUUUUCUUUUUCGUAAUUUUUACUGAUUUUUUCUUUUCUUUUUCAGUUUUAUGCCUCACAUAGUAGAUGAGAUGAAUCCUGUUUGAUAUAUGCACUGAGGCAAAAUAAAUAACUUUUUGAUUUUUUUAAUUAGGAUCAUAUAUCUACUGAACCUUUAGUUAUUUAUAAAUUGUAUAAUUUCAAAUUAGAUUUGAUGCGUGAAAGUCACUUGUUAUGGCAUGAAAGUUAUAACCAAUGAUAACAGGCUUGCCAAGAAUUUUUUUCUUUUAAAAAAAUAAUUCGUUUAAAGCUCGCCGGAAGAAAAAGAGUAACAAUACAACACCCUGAUAUACAACAAACAACAAUAACAAAGAAGAGGCUCAUGCGAUUCUAAUUUUUUUGGCAAAAUUUUCGCUGAAAAACACUCCGGCCCAACACAAUCAGCUGCCUUCCCAACACCACCAAAACACUCGUAACGACCUUCACCUCGUUUUGAUAUACAACAACAAGCACCAAAACAAAUAAGAGAUGCACGCGAUUCUAAUUUUUUCGGCAAGAAUUUUGCUGGAAAAUGCCAUUCCAAAAAAAAAAAAAGGAUCAAGAAUGGCGACAUCCCUAUCUGCUAUGAGUUUUGAAACUUCAGUUUCUUCUUCAUAUCUUGUGCAAAUAUGCUGGUUGCGGUGGUUGAAGAACGAUUUAUAGAGAUGCAGGUAGCCUUUUUUAGCAAGUCCAGAUUCUGUGUGGAAUGAUUGUUUCUACUAUUCAUGUAUCUCUUGUCUGAACUGCUUCUUUUCCCAUGCUGUCAUAAUCCUAUGAUAUACAAUCAUUUAUUACUAAAAUAACAAUCUCAAGAAUUACAUCUAUGAAGAUGGUGCCGUGACAUGUUUGUGCCAGUUUACGACAUUGGUUAUAUGUUUUGGUUCUCACUUUUACAUUGGUGAUUUACAGCUCUAUGGAGGGACAAGCUUACUCAACUGCGAUCCAACAGAAACUGGAUAUAGCAGGUGUUCUUAGAGUUGUUCGAACCAAGUACUGCAGUGUACAUAGAAGCAGCCAUUCAUCAGAGCCAAGGGGUUGUCAGCGUCUUCAACAAAAAUCUGUAGUUCUCCCCUUAGUUAAACAGAUCAAUCAUUUGUACAUCUAUGUUAAGACGACAUUUAUAAACUUCAUCUUUAGUUAGUCCUUGGAAAUGUCAGGCACUCAAGUAUCUUUAUUUGAUGAUGGAAUCUGUGAAGAAAAUUUACAUUCUGUGAUAACCAGGCCACAAAAUGAUAUUGGAAUAACUAGGGGUGGCCCUGAGGAGUUGAGAGUUUGUAAAUGAUUUUCGACAAAUGCUGAUCCUAGAAAACCUGCUUCCUCCUAUACAUGAUGAUAAUCUCAAGUUAUUAAGAUUCUUGAAAGCAAGAAAGUUUGACAUUGAGAAGGCAAAGCUCAUGUGGACAAAUAUGCUCCAGUGGAGGACAGAUUUUGGAACUGAUAGUAUUAUCAAGGAUUUCAACUUCCAAGAAAGGGAUGAAGUUCUGCAAAACUACCCUCAAGGUUAUCAUGGCACGGAUAAGGAAGGAAGGCCAGUUUAUAUUGAAAGAUUGGGGCUAAUGAACAUUGAUAAACUUUUGGAAGUAACUACUUUGGAUCGUUAUGUUAAAUAUCACGUUCAAGAAUUUGAGAAGUCUAUUGCCUUCCGAUGUCCUGCUUGCUCUGUAGCAGCCAAAAGACCUAUCGAUAGAGGUGUUACCAUUCUGGAUGUCGAAGGAGUGAGUUUGAGGAACUUUACAAAACCUGUGCAAGAAGUGAUCUCGCAGCUGCAGAAAAUUGAUAAUAACUAUUACCCUGAAACACUGGGUGAAAUGUUUGUCAUAAACGCUGGACCGAGAUUUAGGCUACUCUGGCAUAUACUCAAGCCUUUUCUUGACCCUGAAACAACUUCCAAGAUUCAUGUUCUCGGCAACAAUUAUCAAGGCAGACUACUUGAAAUCAUCGACGAAUGAUUUUCUAGGUGGUAGCUGUACGUGUGAAAAUGAUGGUGGUUGUUUAAGGUCGGAUAAAGGGCCGUGGAGAACACUAAAGACAUCAACGAUAAAUUUUGGAGAAGCAGCAGAAUGCUUAGAGAAGACAGUGGCAACAUCCAAGGUUACACGACAAAAAGUAGGAGAAAAUCAGCCACAGAUGGAAUUUGACAAGGCCUUCUAGUGCAACGUUGGCGUUGUUGCUCUUCAUCAACUCUCCUGCUACUUCAGCUGGUGUUACCUUAACUCUCCGGAACAGAUCUUCAAUUGCCUUAAACAGCCUGUGCUCGUCUACCUUUAGGUAAUUAGAAGCAAGUACUCUGAAACCACUGAAAGUGCAGUAUGACAUCUCAAUGUGCACAUCCAUACGUCCAGGUCUCAACAAUGCUGGAUCAAGUCUGUCCUUGUGAUUCGUUGUGAACACAAUGAUUCGUUCAUCCCCACAACUCGACCACAAGCCAUCAAUGAAGUUCAACAGCCCAGAGAGUGUAAUCUGCAUUUAUAGAUUCUUUAGCAAAAUAUAUAUAUUCAUGCAAGUGUUAGAAGAUCCAUUCUAUUGUUUCAUUAGUCAUCAAUGUAAUCACAUGCUUCAAACACGAACUACAUUGUAAAGAUCACAAUCAAUGUUGUACAUAGCUACAAAAAAACACUACAAUGGCACAGAAAAAUAUUCUUACUUUUCUCAAUAAUCAUAAAGAGUUUUUCUCUUCUUUGUUGA